AUGGUCGAUAUAGCAAAUGCGGCUGCGGAUGCCGAGUUCGAGCGGGCAGUGUUUGAGGAUAGGAUGGCAUCACCACUAGCAAACGGCUCCUCGUCUAUUAUUCGCUCGCCACGGAGCCCCGACACUGCUUCACCCAUCUAUCCUGAGAGGGCUAUCAGGCCUCUGCCUAGGAGUAGACUGAAGAGUCGGUUGUCUCCCGAGCAGGCGACGCACAUCCAAUACCCUUCGGAGCCUCCUGUUGCUGUGGCUGCUUCGCCUGUACCAUCAUCGCCUCAUGCCGAGUACGAAGGAGCAAGAGGGAUGGCGCAGCGGAGUGGUAACGGCAGCAGGAGCGUGCAGGGAUAUGCGAACCAUGUGCAUUCGCAUGAGGAUCCGCAUUACCACCGUCAUGAUAUUGAUGCUGGACAUUGUACAUGUGGGCAGGAUGGGGAGGAUGGAGUCGACAGUGGAGAUGAGGAGGUGGAGUUCGAUCAUCCGGACUAUCGGUAUGCUCCCGCUAGUGUAGUCGCAGGUGGUACGCCAACACCCAUCGGACAGCAUAUAAAUGGGACUGCGAUGAUGGGCAAGCCGCCGUUGGACUCGGUACAGAGGAGACUGAUGGAGGCUGCAAGGCUUGGAGCUGCGGGCAAACUUCCGCCACCGAUUACUGGAUCGACGGCGAGUAGUGGAGAUGGAUACGAGAGCUUCGAGAACACGAGUAACAAGAAGAAGAGGAAGAUUCCUUUGUCGACUGCAAGCAGUGCUUUGCACCAUCAGAGUAGUCUGAGCGCGGAGAUGGCUAGUAUGGGCAUAUCGGGCCAGGGCGAUGGAGCGGGUGAUGAGAGUGCAGUGUUGAGAUCGGUGGCAUCUGAGGCUCAGGCGUAUGCGGCGGCAGUUGGUGGUGCUUCUGCUGCAGGUACCGGCAUCAGUGGUGCUGGAAGAGGACGAUACGGCAGAACAGCUAGUGUGCCGAAGAAUGGCUUGAGAAGACCUUUAGGUAGUGGACCUGUCAACGUGCCAAACGGGUAUGGCCCGCACAAGUCGACGGGAAGGAGCGGCGAAGGGCUGCCGAAUGGAGAUGAGCAUUAUGAAAAUACAGGCGGCAUCAUUAGUCAAGCUAUUAAAACAGCCGCACAACAAGGCCCACUUACGCCACAGAAAGCUGCAAACGGCGGCAAGGAGAACGCCUCGCUGCUUCAGACUGCGUCAUCACCAAACAAUACUGUCACGCCUAAGACGCAGUUCACCUUUCAUUGUGAUUCGGAGAGCGCCACGAAAAUGGUCGAUCAGGAGGCUGCGGCUGCGACCGCGUAUGCACAAGCUGCUUACAAUGCUACUGCACAGCAAAUGCCCGGAUCUUAUCCGUCUUCCGCUCCACCGCAGAACAGGAUGCCGAAUGGACAGCAUGUGAACGCAAACAUGCAGCGCGCGCAGGGUACGCAGACUACACCAUCGCUUCGAGGACAGCAGCAGGCUGGCAGCCAUAACGCUGCUCGUCCGCCACCGCCUCCUGUGACCGGCAAUGGUGGCGCUCCUCUACCACCUCACCCAAACAAUCCUCAUCCUCAACAGCAGAAUGUACCUGCUCCGCCACCAGCACCCAAGCCUCGCCGUAAGCCCAGCAAAGAAUAUGCUCUUGCCGCGCGCCAACGUCAGCUUCAACAAGAGUACACGAACUACCACCACCGCCCAACCAAGGAUACAAUGUGGAUCUGCGCCUUCUGCGAGUAUGAGGACAUAUUCGGUGUACCGCCUGUAGCACUAAUCCGCUCGUAUGAGAUCCGCGACAGGAAGGAGAGGAAGAAAGCGGAGGAGAAGAGACGUCUGCUCGAGAAGGCUCGGAUGAAGGGUAAGAAAGGUCGUGGACGCGGCAAGAAGGGCGCAAAUAACAUGCAAGGUCAAGGAGCGAACACAGUGGCGCCUGCUGGCAAUGCGACGAAUGUGUCCAAUGGCCAGCGUGGUGCUGUAGGCGAUGUAGCCUAUGAUCCUGAUGGUCUCCCUCUUCCUGAAGGCGAUGAGGAACUUUACGACGAGGAAGAGGAAGACGAGGAGGAUUACGAAGGCGAAGACGAUCUCGAUGGUGGUAGGGGGCCGGAUGGCGAGUUCAGGGAACCGUAUUACCGCGCUCCGCCUGCUCCAGCCGGAACGCCUACGCACGCUCAUCCUCAUGCUCACCCGCCACCACCUCAGCGUGCUGCUGGCGGUCGAGGUGCGGGUCAGAUUACAGCGUAG